UCAGCUUCGAGAUUUUGUAGUCCUUCUCUGAGACGUGACAUGUUUUUCUCGAUAGUUUUGUCCUGUGAGGCAUAGCUAAGGCCAUUGGCCUUGCAACGGUUUCUCUCAUAGACUGUGACAAGGGUGCUAUCGACGAUAAGGCCUACCUUGGAGCCCCAGUUUGCUUCCAUGGUCAAGCGAAUGUGGGUCUUUUUAUAGACAAGUGAAUAUGUGUCUUUGAAGCGCUUUGUGGGAGUGUUCUGCUGAAGCCGCAACAAUAAGACGGAAGCCGAAAGGCGAGUAAGAGGCGUGACCAGAGUAAAGAUGUGGAGUAUACAGGUCAUGAACAAUGAAUGGGCUAUACUUGUGACCAGAGUCGUUGACAGUCCCGUCGAGAGAGGAGGACUUUUUUUCAGCCACAUGCUUGUUAACACGCUUUUCUUUUUUCAACUCUUCAUUCUCUUCAUUGUUGGGGCAGCAUCGGUAUCAGCUUAAGGCGACAAUGACAUGACGUCUGAACAAUUCCAUUCCAAAGAUGUUCUCAUCAAUGAGGAUCUCGACUUUUCAUCAUUGGUACAACACCCAGUACUUUUGAAAGGUUUAGUUGACGCUGGAUACCAAAAGCCAUCGCCUAUUCAGCUUAAGACUAUUCCUUUGGGCAGAUUGGGGUUAGACCUGAUUGCGCAGGCAAAAUCAGGCACAGGAAAGACUAUUGUUUUCAGUGUCAUUGCGAUCGAAAUCAUUCUCUCUGGAUUGUCAGCAGACUCGACCACAAAAUCAGAUCGGGAUCCCAAUGCCUCAGCAGUUCAGCACCAACGACAGCAGCAACAUAAUCCAAAAGCAGUGAUUAUUGCACCUACACGUGAGAUUGCUGUCCAGAUCCAGGAUGUUAUCCGUAGUCUUCUAAAAACAGGUCUUGAACAUACUGUGACGUGUCAUUCCAUGAUCGGAGGAACGCCUAUUCAGCAGGACAAGGAAAACUUGAAGCGAUGCUCAAUUGUCGUAGGGACACCUGGACGAGUGAGGUCAUUAAUUUCUACAGGGCAUUUGGUGACAAAUCAAGUUCGACUACUUGUCUUGGAUGAGGCUGACAAAUUGAUGGAAGAUGUCUUUAAACAAGAUGUCUUUAAUAUCGCAGAGAGACUGGGUGCAAACAAACAGGUGAUGGCGUUCUCAGCAACGUAUGAUGACGAUCUCCUGAAACUCUUGGACCAAUUAGUCAAGAGCCCCGUAUAUGUGAUGCUAAGCAACGGUACACCAGAGCUUGAAGGAGUCCUUCAAUACUACAAAGUGGCGACAGUGGAUGAUAAGGAUAGCGGUGGAUCAAUAUAUUUGAAGCAGCUGCGCAUAUUGGAUGCCAAGUUUGCAGAGUUGGAGCAUCUAUUGACGCACGUACCUUUUUACCAAGGCAUCGUGUUUCUGAAUCACCGUGGACGGGCUCAAGACCUUGUCAAGGUUUUAACAAGAAAAGGGUGGCCAGCUAUGCAUAUUGCCUCCGGUAUUCCCCAAGAAGAGCGAUUGGAAGUGAUGAAGAAGGCACGAAAGUUCGAGUUGAGAAUAUUGGUGUGCAGUGAUCUGAUCGCGCGCGGGAUUGAUAUUGAUCGUGUUAAUUUGGUGGUAAAUCUUGAUUUGCCUAGAGAUCCGGAGACAUACUUACAUCGCAUUGGAAGAACGGGGCGAUAUGGUACUACGGGAUUGGCUGUGAGCAUCGUGGACGAACAGGAGCUUAAUACAGUAGAGAUUUUGAAGUCGGAUUAUAGAAUUACGAUUCAACAGUUGCCUUUAGAGCCAAGUGAUGCCUACAAAGAACUCAGUCGGAGUAUCAAUAUCCGGCAUCGUACAAAACCAUUGCAAAAACCUGAAGAUAUUGACCAAUUCAAAAAGCUAGAGGCAGAAAGGAUAUUAGGUGAACAAAGAGCACAAAGUGCAAUCAAGAUGACCGAGGUGUAUGAGAAGGGUGAUAAGGAUAAUAGAUUUCAACGACACUGUCCGCCUCUGAAUUCAAAGCGCAAAUCUCCGAAUGAAGUAUUGAAGAAUACGGGAGAUCAGUACUUGGAUAGCGCUGAACAGAGAUUGCCUAAUAAGAAGUCGAAAAGUCCAGCUCACAACAAGCCAUUACUUCUUACUCCGGAAAUGUCUCCUUUAGUUGCUAAUUUUGACACAAUUAACACACAAGCCUCGGUUUCUCAUCCUGUCGAAGGUGAAGAGAUAGUCGGGUCCGAUAGCGAUAAGGGAGAAGAUUCGAAGGAGGAGGACAAAGAAGAGGAUGAGGGUAAAGAGGGGGGAGAGGUAGACCGCGAUGAUGUUGCGAACGAAGAGUUAUUCACUCUGCAUUUGCCAAUGCCAGGAUAUGCAUCAGUUUAUCCUAAUGUGGCUCCAACUAUGAAUUUUCCAUCAUUGAUCCCUGUGAGCCCUAUAUAUUAUAAACCAUUCCCAAAUUAUUCAUUUCAUCCAGCUUAUCCUUAUGGGCCACAUGUUCCAUCAACAAAUCUUUUGCAUCAUUUAUGGACGCCUCCACGCCCUACAAGAAGAUAUUUUCCACCUGACCUGCUUCUAUUUCCAGCCAAACUUCCAUCUAUUAGUCACUUCCGAUAGCACUGGUUUCCAGAAAAUAAAAUAAAAAUAGAUAGA